CUAUAGAUAACAGACAUCUAGGAAGCGACAAGACGACAACACUCCCACCAAAUUUACGAAACGCCCUAAGGUCAACUGUACUGAUCCGAAAGGACAGGAUCUGGUGCACUGCAUCAAUAGGAGACAAAAGUCCUUCAAGGCGCGUAUAUACAGUAUAACCGACAAACAUUUCGAAAAACGUUUAAUGGACCAGGAAUUUGUGGAAAAUGUGCAGGAAUUGCCGAAAGUGCCCCGUAAUUUUCUCGUAAAACCUAAUCUUAAUUCAAGAAAUGUCUCAAUCCCAGAGAGCUUCGAUGCCCGAGAACGCUGGCCACAUUGCGAAUCCUUAAAAACUGUUCGUGACCAGGCAAGCUGUGGUAAUUGA